UCAGGCUGGUGGGGAAGCUGCUCUGUGGGCGGGGGCUGAGGAGGCGAGGGCUCCAGUCGGCUCCGGCUCCGGGUCGCCAGGCAGGAAGGAGAGGUGGCCCGACCCCUUGGCAGUUCCUCCCCUCAGCCUUUCCCUAUACUGCUACUUCCCUGGGACGCCAGGUCCCUCUUGUGCUCAGCUCCAGCUCACCGCGCUUAGACUUCUGGACAAGGGAUUGCACCAUUCUCUUCUCCCAGCAAGGGGGCUCCAGAGACUGCCCAGCCAGGAAGUCUGGUGGCCUGGGGAUUUGGGCAGUGCCUUGGUAAUGUCCAAGACUCCAGGAAGAGAUGUCCUUGUGGCUGGAGGCCCCGGUGCCUGAUGUUUCUCCUGACACUGCAGUGGAGCUGUGGGAGCCAGAUGCACAAGAUGUGAGCAGCAACUGCAUCCUUGGAGGAGAAGCUAGGAUGCCCCAAUCUGUUGAGAUGGGACUGGAGGCAGCAGAACCCAAAACUCUGUUCCCCAGGGCAGAGCCCCCUUCAGAACCUGCAGAGUUCCGUCCACAAAAGCGAAAAAAGGGGCCAGCGCCUAAAAUGCUGGGGAAUGAGCUGUGCAGUGUGUGUGGGGACAAGGCCUCCGGCUUUCAUUACAACGUGCUGAGCUGUGAGGGUUGCAAGGGCUUCUUCCGCCGCAGUGUCAUCAAAGGAGCACGCUACAUCUGCCACAGCGGUGGCCACUGCCCCAUGGACACCUACAUGCGCCGAAAGUGCCAGGAGUGUCGGUUUCGCAAAUGCCGCCAGGCUGGCAUGCGGGAGGAGUGUGUCUUAUCAGAAGAACAGAUCCGCCUGAAGAAACUGAAGCGGCAAGAGGAGGAACAGACUCAGGCCACAUCCCUGCCCCCAAGGGCUUCCUCACCUCCCCAGGUCCUGCCGCAGCUCAGCCCAGAGCAAUUGGACAUGAUCGAGAAACUGGUUGCUGCCCAACAACAGUGUAACAGGCGCUCAUUUUCUGACCAGCUUCGAGUUACGCCUUGGCCCAUGGCACCAGAUCCCCAGAGCCGGGAGGCCCGUCAGCAGCGCUUUGCCCACUUUACGGAGCUGGCCAUCAUCUCUGUACAGGAGAUCGUUGAUUUUGCCAAACAGCUGCCUGGCUUCUUGCAGCUCAGCCGGGAGGACCAGAUUGCCCUGCUGAAGACCUCUGCAAUUGAGGUGAUGCUUCUGGAGACAUCUCGGAGGUACAACCCUGGGAGUGAGAGUAUCACCUUCCUCAAGGAUUUCAGUUAUAACAGGGAAGACUUUGCCAAAGCAGGGCUGCAGGUGGAAUUCAUCAACCCCAUCUUUGAGUUUUCCAGAGCCAUGAAUGAGCUGCAACUCAAUGACGCAGAGUUUGCUUUGCUCAUUGCCAUCAGCAUCUUCUCUGCAGACCGGCCCAACGUGCAGGACCAGCUCCAGGUAGAGAGGCUGCAACACACAUACGUGGAGGCCUUGCAUGCCUACGUCUCCAUCCACCACCCCCAUGACCAACUGAUGUUCCCACGGAUGCUAAUGAAACUGGUGAGCCUCCGGACCCUGAGCAGCGUCCACUCGGAGCAAGUGUUCGCACUUCGCCUGCAGGACAAAAAGCUCCCCCCUCUGCUCUCUGAGAUCUGGGAUGUGAACGAAUGACUUCUGCCCCCAUUUCUUCUGCCUCCGAGAAUUGGAGCUGACUGAGAAGGGCAAACAAACAUUCCUGGGAGCCCGGCAAGAUCCUCACUUGGCAUUAAAGGAGAGUCAAAGGGUUG